AUGCCAGCUGAAAUUUCUGCAACUUCAUCUUCGCUCAUACCAUGUUCUCCUGAACAAAAAUCAGUGCAAUUAGAUAAUUCUACGGAUAUCGAAAUACAGUGGCUAGAAAAAACAAUUUUUGCCGGUCUCAAAGCUUGGCAACUAGCUGGUAUCAUUUUAUCAAUACUUUUGAUGAUGAUUAUUCUUCUUUGUUGUUGUGUAAAAUUUCGCGUGCCAAGAACCAAGCAGAAUAUUGAAGCUGAUUAUGUCCGUAAAAGAAUUACCAAAAGUUUUGGAAAGGAAUUGACGAAGAUUAAUAAUAACGAUAUGGACAAAAUAGAUCUUAGAAAAGCAUUGGAACGAGUUCAAGCCGAUCUUGAAACGGACAAAAACGAGCCAGGCGAAGAAAAUAAUGAACAAAAAAAGAAGAAAUUUGUAAAUUUUACUUCAAUUUUUCAUAUUUUCUGA